UUCACUGGUAUAGUCAUUGUGGUCAUUAAGAUACGAUGGGCAACGUUCUUCUAUUCUUUUUCCAAUAUGCGUCGUUCUUUUGGUCUUAAUUAUAUUCAUAUAUUCAAUGUUGAAAAAGUAUCUCCUCCACGCAUUUUUAUCCCUGCCCGUGUUCUUGUAGUUAUUUAUCUCAGUACAAGCGCGCGUGUCGUCGAGUUCGCACACGAAAUUCUAAAUGUUAGCUUCUAUCGGUUUCCUAGACGAUUACUUUGACGAAGAGUAAUAUUUUGUGGGAACACAUUGGCGUUAUUGGUGAAAAUCAGAGGCUGUCAGGCUUUUGUCAGAGCUGGCGAAUAUCAACGUGAGACACAGAAUCCAUCGUUAAGCUUAUUAAUAAAAGACAUUGACGAAAUGACACUGAAAAACAAAGAUUACAUCGACGACUUAAUAUCGGAUCCUAUGGACGACUGCCACAGCGAAGUCUUGCAAUAUUACGCGGGACGUAACAUUCUCAUAACGGGCGGCUCCGGCUUCUUUGGCAUACUUCUAAUAGAAAGAUUACUGCGAUGCUGCUCAGAUUUAGGAAAAAUGUACGUUCUUAUGAGGGAGAAGAAAGGAAAAUCAGCGGAAGAGCGAUUCAAGCAGCACUUUGAUAAUGUUGUUUACGAUAAAUUGAAAAAAGAGCAGCCUAACUUUAUUAGCAAAAUAAUAAUGAUAGAAGCCGACUUCGGCGAAAUAAAUUUAGGCUUGUCACCGGAAAAUCGGAAACGUCUCUUAGACACAAACGUAAUCUUCCACUUGGCGGCGACCGUGCGAUUUAACGAAGCGAUUCGAGUUGCGGUGAACAUUAACGUGAGAGGAACCAGAGAAAUUCUCCUCCUCGCGAGGGAGAUGACGGAUUUAAAGGCAUUUGUUUAUGUAUCGACCGCAUUUUCUUACUGCGUAAACAAGUUUAUCGAGGAGAAGUUUUACACUUCGCCUUUAGAAACGAAUGCGAUAUUGACGUUACUCGAUAUUCUGGACAAUGAGACACUGGACAUAAUAACACCAAUGCUAAUAGGAGAAUGGCCGAAUACCUACAUGUACACGAAGGCGAUCGCCGAAGACACAGUACGACAAUACAGCGUCGAAUUACCAGUUUGUGUCGUACGUCCAUCGAUUGUGGUAACGACGGCGAAAGAACCGAUAACCGGAUGGAUCAACAACUUGUACGGACCGGUAGGCGUAGUAAUGGGCAGUGGCUUGGGUUUGCUACGUACUUUACAUUGCAUGCCCGAAAAUACGGCGGAUCUGGUACCCGCCGAUUACGUAAUCGCAAACAUCAUCGUUGCGGGUUGGGACACCGCCCAGAGAAAAGACACUUUACUGAGCGUUGACGAUGCAAAUCCAAAAUCCAGGAAUUCGGAAACUGAGAGAGCGCUAAUUUACAAUUGCGUGUCGUCGAAUCAAAAUCCCAUCACUUGGGCAAUGUUCAUGAAGUACAACGAGCAAUACAGUCUACUUACACCGUUCAUGAAUAUGUUAUGGUGUUACGUGUUUACUCUAAACAGAUACCGAUUAGUCCAUAACAUAUAUGCGUUAUUCCUGCAUACGAUACCCGCUGUUAUAGUUGACGUUUUGGCCUUCCUGACAGGCCGAAAACCCAAGUUAUUGAAAACUUACAAGAAAAUACAUGUAUUCACCGAUUCGAUAUCAUACUUCACAACACGUCAAUGGCAAUUCCGCAAUGACGCCGUUGUCAAACUGUGGGAUCGUCUAAAUCCAACUGACCGUAAGAUUUUCGACUUCAACGUGGCAGAAUUGUCCUGGGAUGAAUUUAUAAAGCACAUGAUUCUCGGACUUCGUAUAUACAUAGCUAAAGACCCGGAAGAUACUCUAAAACAAGCACGCCUGAGAUAUAAGAAACUGAUGAUCGCUCAUUACACGUUGCUAACUGUUGUGUCAAGUUUGCUAAUAUGGAUCACCGUAAAUUUAAUAAAUCUUGUAAUUUCGUUCUUCUCGUAAAAUUCCGUAAUUUGUUAAGCUACGAAGUAACGCAAACUAAUGCUUGAAGUUCAUGUGUCACUUCCACUAAUGUUACCAUUAAUAUAUUACAUUCGCCCAAACAAUAAUUAACAUUAUGCGUGCUGUUUUGUUCUUACUUUUGCUAGUUGCACAGUUAGAUGAAGCUAUUUUUAUUUUACGUUGUUUAUUACUACUUUUGUAUGAUAGCAAUAUUUAAUUAAUAUACCUUUUCAUCUUCUAUAAGAUUUUUAUGCAUAUAAUAUAUUAAUAAAAGUGUAAUGUUUUGCGUCGCACUGCAUUUGAUAGAGUAAUUUAUGCAUUUAAAUCUUUGUUAUCAAUAUUAAUACAUGCAACGUGAAUUAUACGAUGACAUAGCAAAAAACGAUAAAUCGUUUAAUCAAGCGAUCGAACGGUACGGCAAUAGCUUAGUAUAUUAAAAAAAAAAAUAGACUGAUGGCGAAUUAAAUACAACUAUGUUUGCAAUAAAAACGUCGCGACACCACUAAUAUCCAAACUUUUCACAUUUUCGAACGAAAUAUCUCUAAAACUAAAGUCGUAUUGAGAAAUGUAACAUUUGUUAUUGAUGUAGUGUUGUGUGAUGUAAACUUUUGCGACCGAUUCCUUUUAAGAUUAAUGCAGUUGAUGCAGUUAAUUAAAAUAAAUUAAAUAUUUUGCAUACAACACAGCAUAACCUUAAUUUGUACAGAUAAUUCUUAAAUAAAUUCUCCAGACCUCAA